GGCGUCUGGAGAUGAGGGUGUAUUGCUUCCUACAUGACUUUUUGCCCAAAAUAUGUCACGUCUUGCCGACUAUUUUGCCGUCGUUGGCAUUGACAAAGACUCAGCUUUAGGUGACGAAUUCAAAGGAAAAGUCUUGCAAAGGUUUCCAUCAGUAGAUCGUAAAGAUGUCGCUUUUCCAGAGGGAAUUGAAUUGUUCUGCCAACCAAACAGCUGGAAAACCUCCUACUAUGCCAAGCCACACACCUUCUUUGUUGCCGUCCUAACAGAUGUAGAUGGUGAUCAUAGAUACUGCGCAUGUUUCACGUUUUACGAGCCAUACAAGUCAAGUAAGAAYAAUAUYCGUGGAUCAAAGCAAGAAAGUCUCUCAGAUACAUCUUCUGUUAGAACGGCUGAUGCCUUGGCACCAGGAAUCACAGUCAAUAAUGAGGARUUAGCACUGGAUUCUUACGUGCCGAAAUGUUUAUGUCUUGUUUCGAGAGUAACGUAUUUUGAUGUUCUAAAGAACUGCCUCACUACCAUCUAUUUAUCAUUCCUAUCUGGAAACAAUACCUUACUAGAGAAGUUAGUUGGAUCAAUAUUGGGUUUUGUCAAAGUACCUCCCCCUGGGGGCCCAAAAUUGACUUUUUCCAUUGGAGCUGGUGACCGACAGACACUAUGCCCACCGGUGACAGAGACAAUUCCAGUUACACAAAAGAGUGUUGCUACCCUUUUCCAGCAAAUAGGUUUUCUACUUUUGAUUAUGAAUCCACAAUUAGUCAACGCUGACUAUGUUUUCCAACCUCCUGUGUCUCCAUCAACUCCAGCACUUCUGGAUAAAGAAAUAAGGGCUGUGUUCAUUAGAUUGCUAUCGCGAAUCUUCACUGGAUAUCGGUCUUGUCUUACUUUGAUACGGAUUCACCCCAAACCUGUUAUCACAUUCAACAAGGCAAGGUUUCUUGAACAUCGUGGUAUGAUUGGAGAUGAGUUUUUAUCAAAGGUCCUGGAAAGCAUUGCUUAUUCAUCAUUCGUGGCAACAAGGGGGCCACCAUAUMGAUCUUGUGAUUUGUUUGAUCAGAUGUGUUCAGAGAUUGAUGAAGUUAUUUCCAGUGAAUCCAAUGUUGAUGCUGACAUUGUUGCCAAUGUUCAACACAUUGCUGGAAAGCUUUUUGAAAAUGAGCCUUGCUCAGAUCAAUCAGAGAAUCAAAUUCAAAACAGUUUAAAUGARGAUGAAUUAGAGAACAGCAGAAAACUGUCGUUCCCGGAACUUGAUACUGCAAUAAUAAACCAGUUUAUUGAGGAAGAAGCUGCCAAUGUGGAACAUUUUCAGGUAACAGAGCCUGACAGGCAGAUAGUACCAUGUGGCAAUACAGCAUAUGGACGACAGCAGCACUAUAUGUAUAUACAUACCAGGAAGCUGGAGGUCUUGAAGGACUGUGUGGCUUAUAUAUUUGAUAACAAGAUAUCUGAAGCCAGAAUGGCUUUACCUUCUGUUCUUCGUUCUCUCAAGUCCAAAGGAGCACAGAUGGCACUUUGUCAUGAAUUGUCACUAAGAGCCAAGCAAAAUCGAUCAGUCCUUGAACAUGAUCAAUUUGACCUUGUAGUGAGAUUGAUGAACAGUGCGUUGCAGGACGAUGCUAGCAUGGAUAACACUCAAGUAGCAGCAGCCCUCCUUCCACUUACGGCAACUUUUUGCAGGAAACUUGCAAAAGGUUGCAUACAGUUUGCCUACACAUGCGUCCAGGACCACUCCAUUUGGGAAAAGCAACAAUUYUGGGAAGAAGCCUUCUACAUGGAUGUMCAAACACAAAUAAAACAACUAUAYAUUGUAGAAGAAGCACCGCGAGCUAAUGAAGAAGAYGCGCUGGAAAAACCAAUGGAGCACCGAUCAUCUAGAAGUAGCCUUACGCCRUCCAUGAAGCACAGGAGCUUCUCACAAAAGGAGGGAUCUGGGUCUAGUGAUACUGAGGGGGAUUCUAAGUCUUCCCUWAAGGCUGYUAGUAAGUCACAGCCCAGCAAACCUCCYCCUAGUGCUCUGGAUAUUGCUGCUGAACAGCUCAAGCGCUGGCCCCAGAUGACACAAAAAGAGCGAGAUACAUUAAUAUCUAGUGAAGAGAGUAUAGUCUACAGUCAGGCAAUACACUAUGCUAAUCGCAUGGUGUACAUGAGAAUACCUCUUAAUGCUUGCACUAUGAUGCAUUCCAAGAAAAAUCAACAAUCGCAGCAAACUCCAGUCACAGGGUCCAUAGCUGGUCGUGAGGGGUCUGUUAGUGGUGUGUAUACUGAUUCUGGCACAAUCAAUGGCGAGACAGCAGGGGACUCGUCGAACAGUGUGGCUGAAAGUGGAUGGGACAGUUAUCUUGAUGACGAGGAGGACACUAUAGCAGACAAUGUGUCCAAGUUUGUUAUUAGAUUUGUAGACCGUGUUGGCACUGAAGCAGGGAUUAGAACGGAGCAUAUGAAAUCACUGUAUGCUAUGAUACCAGGCGUUGUAGCAAUGCACAUUGAAUCCCUAGAACCAGUGUGGGCUCAGUACAGACGCUUGGCACCCCAAAGAAAGAUCAAAAUCAUGCGGCCAGCGCUGCUUCCGGGGGAGGAGAUGUUGUGUGAUGGUCUUCGGUGCUACCUCCUCGCUGAUGGCCGGGAGUUGGGUCGUAGUGGCGAGGCAGGUGGGCCGUGUUUAAUUCCUGCUGAGGGAGCCGUCUUCUUGACUAAUUACCGCGUGAUAUUCAAGGGAACACCCGUCAAUCAAUAUGCUUCAGAAAUGAUCGUUACAAGGAGUUUUCCCGUUGGUUCAACGAUACGAGAAAAGAAAAUCAACGUCACGUACAUGGAGCACUUGGAACAGUGGCUUCACGACUGCAUACAACUAAGGUCAAGUACAUUCCAGAUGAUGAAACUAGCAUACGACGAAGAAGUAGGCUCCGAUACAGUUGAAAUGUUUCGUAAACGCCUUCACGCGGUAUCAGGACCCCCCACGGUUUUCAGCAGCUUCGCAUUCGUAGGCAAAGGCCUUGCAAGAACAGAGACACAGGUUAUCAAAAAACAGAUGGAUAGACAGGGAACACUGAGAAAAACAAGAAAAAGAUUUCACGAUUUAACUUCCUCUUCAAAGAGAGGGAGUUUACCAAACUUAAAAGCUUCAACCAGACGAAAAAAAUAUAAAGUUGAAAGUUCAAGAGCGGGCUCGCCCAGUGGCUCGAUGACAGGCGACGAGGGCGUGGUAGAUGUAAAUGAUAUCCCAGUUAAAGUGGGCAAUAUGUCACAAGCUUGUGAGAUUCAAGGGGUCGACAAGCUUAAUAGCAGUCCUUGCUGUCAAGAUUAUUCACGUUUAGGGUUUGGCAGCGUGUCUAGGGGGCCCGGUGGUGGACCCUGGAGGAUCUCCAUGGUGAACUAUACGUACACCGUAUGUCGGAGUUAUCCAUCAGUAUUAGUGGUGCCCCAGUCCAUAUCAGACGAUACAGUUCUUAGAGUCGCCAAGAACCACCGCCAGGGACGUUUCCCUGUAGCAGUAUGGAAACACUCUAAGAACAAGGCUACUUUAUUGCGAGCUGGUGGAAUAGAGAGAAGUAGCAUGGCGUCAAUUAUUCGGUCGGGAAUUGGAGGCACAUCGAGUGGGCAGUCAAUUCCAUCGUCAUCCUUAGAACAAGAGAAAGUAUUUGGUGCUGUAGUUGCAGCAACACCUUUAUCAAAGAACAAGAGCGUCGCCAGGGCAAACUCUCUCCACCACGGCGUCAUUUUAAAUCCUCUUUUCUCAGGCAGUCCAACCGAAGACAUUGACGCCGGUCAGCUGGUUGACCAUACACUGAAACGAAAAGGAUGGGAACCAGCUGCUCUUUACGUAUUAGGAGACAAGCAACACCUAAGGAAUGUCAAGCAAGAAUCGUAUUCCAAAGUAGAGUUUGUUCCUGUUGAGUUGCCCGAUGUUCGUGCUGUUAGAGCUUGUUUCAAGAAGUUUCAGAGAGCGUGCUGUCCUAGUCAAGACACACAAGAAAGUUUUUACAAACAAAUCGAUGAAUCAGAAUGGCUGCACCAGUUAUCAGCGGUUCUAAACGUAUCCAACGCCCUUGUUGAUCUCAUUGAUAUCCAAGGGUCAUCUGUCAUGGUGUGUUUUGAAGACGGAUGGGACGUUACUUCGCAGGUUGUGUCUUUAGCUGAAAUCUGCCUCGAUCCAUACUAUCGCACCAUGGAAGGCUUUAAGAUUCUAAUCGAGAAAGAAUGGUUGAGUUUUGGGCAUCGGUUUCUCCAUCGUUGCAAUCAAGUUUCCUCYGCUCAGAAACAGAACUCGUUCACCCCUAUUUUYYUACAGUUCCUUGACGCGGUUCAUCAGAUAAUGCAGCAGUUCCCUUUAUCAUUUGAAUUCAACGACCAUUUCCUGUCUGCCAUCGCGUACCAUCAUGUUUCCAUGCGAUUUAGAACAUUUCUUCUUGACUCCGAGCACGAGCGUUACGAGGCUGGUUGGAUGACUGAGGACGUUGACGCCAAAACUGGCAAAUCGCUAUGGGACUAUAUUGAGCAACAGAAUCGGAAAGGACCGGCUUUUAAUAACUUCCUUUAUGCUCUUGGCAUCCAAAAGGUCCUCCGUCCAUUCAGUAAGAUCUCCAACCUUCACGUAUGGAACUAUUACGUAAACGAGAACCUGUCCACAGGCCCUCCAUACGACGCCGAGCUUAUAAACGAAGUUGAGACAACCGUAGAAGACCAACAGUCACCCCAACACAAACAUGACUACAUACGACGUUGCAUGACAGGUUGCUACGGCGAUGUCACGCAAUUCCCACGUAACGAGUGCACGUGGUUACUGCAGGAAGUCAGUCGAUUGGAAGAGGAGGCUGAUCACGUGCCCAACGAAUGGGUACACACGUGGAAAGCAUUGGAGUAUCCACCACCUAGACGAAUAACACAAUCCAAUAAUCACGUUUGGUCGAAGCAACAAGCUUUGAUGCAGCACAAGCGAGCUACAAUGGAAGUCAUCUUAAGGGGUAAACUGCAAGUCGAAGAUAAGGGAGCACAAGGCUUCUCUCAACCUCAUAACUUCACAAAGCAUACAUUCUUGACGCCGACAAAUUGUGACUACUGCCUGCAGAUUAUUAUCGGCUUUGUCAGUAAAGGUUUAAAGUGUACAGAGUGUGGUUAUAAUGUUCACGAGAAGUGCCAGUCCCAGGUCCCUUGGCAGUGCAAGAAGAGAGAUUUGUCUGAACAGCCUGGAACGACUUUGGCAAAGAGUACCAUCAGUUUACCUGAGUACGAGGCACCCGAUAAACAUAUGCAUUGUGGGUAUCUACAUAAAAGAGGCCAUCUAUUCAAGCAGUGGAAGUCCAGAUGGUUUGUACUCGAUGCUCAGAGAAACCAGUUGCGUUACUACGAGAACAAAGAAGAUUCACACUGUGCAGGUUACAUUGACCUUGGUGAGAUGACAAGUGUAUCUCAGGGGGCGUACAACCCAGGAGCACCUAAAGGAGCCGAUAAGAACGCGUUCUUUGAUCUUCGUACAACAAAGCGUCUGUACAACCUACUGGCCGAAGACAAAGAAUCAUCUCUGAAAUGGAUCGAAAAAUUGCAGGGUAUGAAUGUUUAAAGGUGGGAUCAACGGAUCGAUAAUAAUUCGUCAAGUAAUCGUUCACUCUUCGAUUUCCCGAAGAAUCAACUCGAAAGACGGCAUUCUAAAUCAAUACAAUUUCGUGCCAACGACGGCUCAAGCGCGCCUUCUCGGAAAAUAUUCGUCGACCAUCGUUGACUUAUCGGGAAGCACUCGUUGACUUAUCGGAAAUCACGAAGGUCUUUUAGUAAUGUAUUAAACUUUCUCUUGAUUAAAGAGAAUGCGAAAUAUCGUACAGUCGAAUAACGUACAAAGAAAAACACAUCGGCGACACACCAUCAACAAUUGCAAAUAAGAAGAAAGUUACCAUAGCAACUUUUGGUGGUCUGAGUUUUAGUUGCCAAGGUGAUAAGUAAUGGCGAUCUGAACGCUAAAGAUUGUGGYCAUUUUUUGGAGAUUAAUUCUCAGCUGCAGCAAGUCACGUGAUAAUAAUGGAUUUUUAUUCUGGUUACCCUGUGGCAUUUCAGGGUAAGAGCGUGGCAUCGUUUCCAUUGGUACGUUUACGUUACGUUACGUUACGUUAACGUAUCAUUUUUAUUGUUCUCUUCAUCGAAAAUCAACACCUAACAAAGACGAAAUAGCUUUGCCAAGACGUCAUUGGACAGAACUUUUUAGAUAUUUUAGAAUUUCAUAAUUUUUAAUAUAUUCUUUUCUGAUUGCGCCAAGUCUUCAUAUUUCAUCUACGGGCUCCCUGUGUUACCAAGGCCAGUUCGUAUUCACACAGGCAUACCAUAAUAUUUUUCACCAAUCUGGCAAUGCAUCAUGGUAAAUAGAAUAAUUGAUAAUAAUUAUUGAUCAAUAAAUGUUUAAUUUCAAGGAUGAAUGAUGACGAUGGAUGAAAGAUAAAGGAGUUGUACAUAAAGAUUUAUUUUUUAGUUUUCGUUUUUAAAAUUCAAUAAAUUGAACUGAAUGAUAA